AGAGAGAGAGAGAGAGAGGCACUUUACCACUUUUAUAGGUUGCACGCAUCCAUAGCAGAAAACAGAAGGCGGAGCAGUACUUCUUACAAAGGCCAGAGAAGAGGAGGAGGAGAGGGAGAGGAGAGAAGAAGAGAAAAGAGAAAGAAAGAGGAAGAAGUCUUUGCUUAAAGGUAAAAAUCGAAAACCCACCACCAACAUCCGAGCGGGUAAAGAGAAGCAUUUAGAAGAAGAAGAAGAAGAUUUUAGUGCCCAGUGGGGAAAAAAGGAUGGAGCUUCUUGUUGUUGCUGUUGCGGGUGCCAUAUCAGUAAAGGCAGAGCUUGAAUGCAGAGAGAGAAGUAACAGGUAAAGAAGAAGCAGCAGCAGCAGAAGGAGGAGGAAGAAGAAGAAGAAGAAGAAGAAGAAGAACAAUUUGUUGUUGGAUGUUUUUGUUAUUGGGUUUCUUGGUUGAUCAGAUCUGCAUGCCAUUGAACAAGUUCAUUUCUUUUUCUGGGGUUCAGGCUGUGGGGGAAGGAAGAGCAAAAAUCUGAUUUUUAGCUCUGUCUGAGGAGCUGCUGAGAUCGAUUGGAGCCUGCGCCCCCCCACCAUCGCCUGUUCGAUUUGUAUAUUUUGUUGGGGGUUUCAGCAUUGUUACUGUAGAUGAAGGCCACCCCCUUGCUCUUUGAGGAGUUUCAAGGGAAGGGGCUGCUUGAUUUCUCGUCUUCUUCUUCACCCUCCGCCACCACUACCUGUUCCAAUUCGCAGCUCAACUACAACCACAGCAACCUCAGCACCGCCGUGACCACUGCCGCCACGACCCCUCCCACCAAAGGGAAGUUGUAUGUUGGCAGCCCCAGCCCCAGCCCUCCUGCAGCCGCCUCCUCCUCCACACUGUCUUCCUCCCUCAACAGCGGCGACAUAUUAGGCGGCGGCGGCAGUGGGAGAUGCGGUGGUGGAAUGGGAGCUGAGGAGGACUGGGAAGCUGUUUUGCCCGAGACCGCGGCCUCUCCUGGCCACGAACAGUCCAUCCUCCGCCUCAUAAUGGGCGACAUUGAGGACCCUUCCCUGGGCCUCAGCAAGCUCCUCCACAGCUCCUCUGCCCCUCAGGACAUGGAGUUCGGCGGCGGGGGGUUCGGCUUCAUGGACCCUCAAGCUCUUACCUUUGACGGCCCCAAUUUGAUGAUGGGAGGACCCAACAGCUCCAUCGACCCAGCUUCCCUGCAGGAUUUGCCUCUCACCAACGCCACCUCCAACCUCCGGCAUGUGAGCCCCUUCCCAUUGUUCACCGAUUCCGUCCACAGCACUGUCAUGCCCUUUCCUCUCCCCCCUGGUGUGAUUCAACAACCCCACAACGAGUCCAUGGAUGAGAAGCCUCAGAUUUUCAACCCGCAGUUGAUAAUCAACCAGAACCAGGUCCAAUUCCCGCAGAACCCUUCGCUAGUCCCGCUUGGUUUCAACGCAGUGCAGGACCAUCCCCUGUCUUCUUCGGGCCCUCCCCUGCCGAAGAGGCUUAACCCGGGGCCGGUCGGGUCGAACUUUGUGGGUCCGAGGGGUAACUUUCCAAACUCGGGGCAAUCACAUAAUCAUCACCACCAUCCUCAGCAUCACCAGUUUCAGCAGAGACCUGCAAUGGUGAUGAAGCAGCAUCAGCAGAAGGUUGCAGGGGAAGAGUUAGCUAACCACCAGCUCCAGCAGGCAAUUACGGACCACCUCUACAAGGCCGCAGAGCUGAUCGAAACUGGUAACCCAGUACUCGCGCAAGGGAUAUUGGCGCGGCUCAAUCACCACCAGCUCUCUCCCGUUGGGAAGCCCUUCCGUCGGGCUGCUUUCUACUGCAAGGAGGCCCUUCAAUCUCUCCUCCACCACCAUCACCCCCACCUUGUGGGCCCCGCGAACCCUCCUCAGCCUCCUCUGCCUCCUCUGCCUCCUCCGCCAUUCGGUAUUAUCUACAAGAUAGGAGCUUACAAAUCCUUCUGUGAGAUUUCCCCUGUGGUCCAGUUUGCAAACUUCACUUGCAACCAAGCCUUCCUGGAAGCUCUCGAAGGGUUUAGCCGGAUCCACAUACUGAGCUUUGAGGUUGGGUUCGGGGGCGAGUGGGCCUCCCUCAUGCAGGAGCUCGUGCUUAGAAAUGGGGGCCCUCCUAGCUUGCUCAGGAUUACGGUCUUCGCGUCUCCAGGGACCCAUGAUGAACUCGAGCUCGGCCUUACCCAGGAUACCCUCAAGCACUUUGCCCACGAGCUCAACAUGGCCUUGGAGUUCGAGGUGGUGAGCAUCGAGUCCUUCAACUCCGCCAUCAACCUACCAUCGGAUGGCGGGGAGGCAAUUGCGGUGUACCUCCCAAUAGGGUCCUUCUCAAGCUACCCGUCCUACCUACCUGCAGCUGUCCGAUUUAUCAAGCAGCUCUCCCCAAAGAUUGUGGUUUCUCUCGAUCGUGGCUGUGAUCGGUCGGACACUCCAUUUCCGAAUCACAUGAUCCACGCCCUUCAAUGCUAUUCUAGCUUGUUGGAAUCCCUUGAUGCUGUGAAUGUGAACCUUGACGUGUUGCAGAAGAUUGAACGGUAUCUAAUUCAGCCAGGGAUUGAGAGGAUUGUGAACGGUCGGCAAAGAUCGCCCGAGAAGAUGAUUGCGUGGCGGUCCCUGUUUCUGUCCUGCGGGUUCUCUCCACUGACCUUCAGUAAUUUCAACGAGUCCCAGGCUGAGUGUCUUGUUCAACGCAGCCUUGCCCGGGGUUUCCAUGUUGAGAAGAGGCAGUCCUCGCUCGUUCUAUGUUGGCACAGGAAGGAGCUGGUGUCGGCUUCUGCGUGGAGGUGCUGAUGCGGAGGAGCUGCUCUUUUCGAUUCGAAAGGUCACUGCCCCGUAACUAUUGCCUAAGUUUCUUCUGAUCUUUUUGCCCCCAUUUCUUUUUUUCUUGGGUAUUAUCUUGGUAGUUGGUUCUGGUAUGCUAAUUGUCUACGCGGUUUAGGCUUAAUUGUGGCAAACUUCCUUCUCAGUUACUGGAUGGCAUUGUAAUGUUCAGUCUCUUAUGGGCAUUACCUGUAUGGUUCCUAUUAGCCCGUUUUGAAUCGGAAACUUCAUUGAAUUGUAGUACACUCGAACGGCAAGUCGAAAGCAGGAUGUUCACGAGAAGAGAAGCUGACUUUUGAAUGCUGCAAGUUUCAUAAAUGCUUCUUGUUAAUGACUCUUGACUUUGGUUUUUAUGAAUUCAUGAUCGGAUUAGCCACUUGUUCUAAUA